AUGACUUUUUGCUUCUCAAAUAGAUUAAUGAAAACAAAGCUCGAAUUACCGGAGUGUACAAACCAAGGUUACGUGCUGGAUGGUUACCCAAAAACUUGGAAUCAAGCACGUGAAUUAUUCAAUAACACACUUAUAAUAACUUCAAACUCCACAUCCUCAUCCGAAAAUUUGAGAAUGUUUCCCGAGUUUGUGGUGCAACUCGAGGCAACCGAUGAAUUUCUCUGCAACCGUGUACUAAAUUUACCCGAGAGUGUGAUACAGGGUACCCAUUAUGAUGUAGAAAGCACGAUGAAGCGCCUCGAGGAAUACAGGAAGACAAACACUGGAAAUGAUAUGACGCUGGGAUUCUUCAUAGAGAAUGGAAUACAUCCGCUUAUUGUGGAUGUCGAAGGAGAGUCGGGCGGUAUGCUCGCAAUUUUUCAAAGAUGCCUCGACACAAUCGGGCAACCGAGAAACUACGCAGUCGGAGAGCGCGUGGCAGAGGCUGUGGUACGUGACGUUACCAAUGUGCGGGAAACCUCAGUUAUCGGAACCGAAGGAGAGGACGAGGUGAAUUUUCAAAGGAAAGUGAUACGAGAUGAAGACAUGAGGGAGCGGAAGAAUAACAUGGUAAAUCAGCUCAAAGAGGAGGAACAUCUGCUGAGAGCGCUCUCAGAGCCACUCCGACUCUACCUCCUCAAGUACGUAUUUCCCACGCUGAGCCAAGGUCUCCUCUCCGUCGUCCAAUCGAAGCCUCCGAAUCCCUUGGACGCUCUG